CUUCUUUCAGGUCCCCCCUCAACCUCUGACAUUCUAGCAAAAACAAUCCAAGUUUAUCUAACCUCUCCUCAUAGCGAGUAUAUCUCAAUUCUGGCAGUGUUCUGGUAAACCUCAUUUGCACCCUCUCCAAAGCCUCCAUGUCCUUUCUAUAGUACGGGGACCAGGACUGCACAGAAUAUUCCAAAUGUGGCCGAACUAAAGUUUUAUACAGUUUGCUGAAGCAUAAUGUUGAGAUUCUUGCCAGGGAGCAAUGAGUUCCCAAUUAAUGUCCUUUUUUUUGUAACAGCCAACUUACCACGGGUUGCAAUCUUUCCAAACUAGCCAUACAAACUCAACAUCAGAAAGCUUGACAUGGGAACCAGAGGAGGAACCUGGCAGCUCCAAACAACCUCCAUGUUGCCCAGAGGCAAGAGGAGGGCAAGACCCAUGAGCACCUUCCAUGUACACACUCUUUCAUCACACACACUUACACCAGACUUUCACAAAGCUAUUGCCACCAUUUAUGCAAUGCCCUGAAUCCCACAUUUGUGAAACAGCUGCCACACAGGGAGAAGCACAGUCCAUGGAGUGGAUCAUGCUGCUUACCAGGCCUGCCCCCUUGACCUCUUGGUGCACACUCAUCUGGUGCCUACAGGUAUGGUUGCAGCAUACCCUGUCCUGCCAUACCCUGCCCUGCCAUACCCUGCCUUGCCAUACCCUGCCUUGCCAUACCCUGCCUUGCCAUACCCUGCCUUGCCAUACCCUGCCCUGCCAUACCCUGCCCUGCCAUACCCUGCCUUGCCAUACCCUGCCCUGCCAUACCCUGCCUUGCCAUACCCUGCCCUGCCAUACCCUGCCUUGCCAUACCCUGCCCUGCCAUACCCUGCCUUGCCAUACCCUGCCCUGCCAUACCCUGCCUUGCCAUACCCUGCCCUGCCAUACCCUGCCUUGCCAUACCCUGCCUUGCCAUACCCUGCCUUGCCAUACCCUGCCUUGCCAUACCCUGCCUUGCCAUACCCUGCCUUGCCAUACCCUGCCUUGCCAUACCCUGCCUUGCCAUACCCUGCCUUGCCAUACCCUGCCUUGCCAUACCCUGCCUUGCCAUACCCUGCCUUGCCAUACCCUGCCUUGCCAUACCCUGCCUUGCCAUACCCUGCCUUGCCAUACCCUGCCUUGCCAUACCCUGCCUUGCCAUACCCUGCCUUGCCAUACCCUGCCUUGCCAUACCCUGCCUUGCCAUACCCUGCCUUGCCAUACCCUGCCUUGCCAUACCCUGCCUUGCCAUACCCUGCCUUGCCAUACCCUGCCUUGCCAUACCCUGCCUUGCCAUACCCUGCCUUGCCAUACCCUGCCUUGCCAUACCCUGCCUUGCCAUACCCUGCCUUGCCAUACCCUGCCUUGCCAUACCCUGCCUUGCCAUACCCUGCCUUGCCAUACCCUGCCUUGCCAUACCCUGCCUUGCCAUACCCUGCCUUGCCAUACCCUGCCUUGCCAUACCCUGCCUUGCCAUACCCUGCCUUGCCAUACCCUGCCUUGCCAUACCCUGCCUUGCCAUACCCUGCCUUGCCAUACCCUGCCCUGCCAUACCCUGCCUUGCCAUACCCUGCCUUGCCAUACCCUGCCUUGCCAUACCCUGCCUUGCCAUACCCUGCCUUGCCAUACCCUGCCUUGCCAUACCCUGCCUUGCCAUACCCUGCCUUGCCAUACCCUGCCUUGCCAUACCCUGCCUUGCCAUACCCUGCCUUGCCAUACCCUGCCUUGCCAUACCCUGCCUUGCCAUACCCUGCCUUCUUCACAAUGCAUCACAGAGAUGAGAAGAUUGAAAAUGGUUGA